UUUAAUAGAUGAUGUAUUUACUAGAUCAGAGGACGGAAAAAAUGGUGUAAAUAAAAAUAUAAAACUAUGAUUUAUUUAUUCAGUCAGCUUUUUGCAUUACGUGUGACAAAAAAGUGAUAAAAGGAACUGAUUUUGUUUUUUUUUAUUUUAAAGAAACUGGAAAGUAUUGAUAAUGUAGUAAAAAGUUCACCAAGACUUGAUUUAAAAAAAGCAGUUUAAACAAAAACAGCAAAUAUGGCGGGCGCAGGCCCAAUUUCUGAAACUCUUCCUGUAAUUUCAGUUCCCCCCAUGCUUGUAAAUGGAGGUAGAUUUCUAAAAUGGGACGAUCAAGACCUAACCUGCGCCAUUUAUAUACUGGAAGUAGACAAACUUGGUCAUGUUUUGAGUUGGAAACCAAAAGAUUUUUCUAAGGACACGGAAGUGCUGGAAUUGGUUCUUGUAAGAGAUGUAAGAACUGGACAGUAUGCAAAGAUUCCGAAAGCACAGGAUACUCGUGCUAGAGAUGCUAUUAAAAUGUAUAGUGCUGUUGAGCUGGAGAGUAAUUUAAUGCAAGAACGUACCAUAACAAUAGUUUAUGGAAGCAAUUUUGUAGAUCUUACAUUCAUUAAUUUUGUUGCAUCUAGUGUUUCAGAAGCACAAGAAUGGACUGAGGCAUUAUUUAAAUGUACUAAUAAUCUUCUUGAGUUCCAUUCAAGUCCUUUGAAGUGCUUGGAGAGAUUUUAUACAAGAAUAUGUGUCCAAAAAAACCAGAAUGGAGAAAUUCCAGUAAAAAUUUUAGUUAAGGCAUUUGUUAACCACAAAGAAGAUAUAAAGAGAGCUUAUGGUACUCUGCAAUCUUUAGGAAUUGCACAUGGGAAGAAAGACAUGAUUGUUCUCAAAGACUUUUCUUUUGAAACUUUUUUUACAUUUUAUAAUCGACUUAUAUCAAGGCAUGAUUUUGACAAUGUCUUUACAGAGUUAGGAGCUAAAAAUAAACCUUAUUUGACAACAGAUCAACUUGUAGAGUUUCUUAAUAACCGCCAACGUGAUCCAAGACUUAAUGAAAUACUUUUUCCUUAUUAUAAUAUAAAUGCUGCAGAUGCCAUUGUUAAUACUUAUGAACCAAACAAAUCAUUUGCUGAUAAAGGUUUAAUUUCUAUUGACGGUCUAAUGAAAUUUUUAAUGAGUAAUGAUGCUAAUGUUCUUUUACCUGGAAAGUUGAAUAUUCAUCAGGAUCUUUCAUUCCCAAUUGCCCAUUAUUUCAUAAACUCUUCGCAUAACACAUAUCUGCAAGGCCACCAGUUAACAGGAAAAUCUUCAGUUGAAAUAUACAGACAAGUUUUACUAGCUGGGUGUCGCUGCAUUGAGUUAGAUUGCUGGGAUGGAAAAACAGAAGAGCAAGAGCCAGUUAUUACUCAUGGAAUGACAUUAUGUACUGAGGUCUUAUUUAAGGAUGUGAUUGAAGCAAUCAAAGAAUCUGCAUUCAAAACUUCUGAGUAUCCCGUCAUAUUGUCUUUUGAAAAUCAUUGCAGUGCUAAGCAACAAAUGAAAAUGGCCAAUUAUUGUCUUCAAAUAUUUGGAGAUCUUCUACUUAAUAAAGAAUUGGAUGAAUACCCAUUAUUACCAGGAACUCUCCUACCUAGUCCUAAAGUAUUAAAAAGAAAGAUCUUAAUAAAAAAUAAAAAAAGGGAAAUAAAAGACACAAAGAAUGCAAACAUAUCUACUCAAUCAGUUGAUUUAAACUCCAGUGGAAGAUUUGAACCUGAAGUUCUCAAUAUAGAAGAAAUACCUGAAGAUGCAGAAGAUCUCUCAAAGUCUGAAGAAGAGGAAGCGCCUGAAGUUGAAGCCCAACAAGAGUUAUCUGAACUUGUAAAUUAUUUUCAACCUGUUCAUUUUAGAGGAUUUGAAAAAGCUGAAAAACGAAAAUGUUACUAUGAGAUGUCAUCAUUUGGUGAAAAUACUGCCACGAACCUGCUUAAGGAGCAACCAGUAGAAUUUGUCAAUUAUAACAAGUUUCAGAACAGCAGAAUUUAUCCAAAAGGUAGUCGUGUGAGUUCUGAUAAUUACAUUCCACAGUUAUUUUGGAAUGCUGGCUGUCAAAUGGUAGCAUUGAAUUUUCAAACCUUAGAUGUUCCUAUGCAGCUUAAUCUUGGUAAAUUUGAAAUUAACGGACGUUGUGGGUAUUUAUUAAAACCUGAACACAUGAGGCGACACGAUCUUACAUUUGAUCCAUUUGUUGAUUCUACAGUAGAUGGCAUAAUAGCUGGUACUGUACAAGUCAAGGUUAUUUCUGGCCAGUGUUUAUUAGAGAGAAGAUCUGGAACCUAUGUUGAAGUUGAAAUGUAUGGAUUACCUGCUGAUACUGUUCGCAGAAAAUAUCGUACUAAAGUUGUUUCAAAUAAUGGAUUAAAUCCAGUUUAUGAUGAAGAUCCUUUUAAGUUUAAGGUAAUUUUACCACAUCUUGCUGAGCUGCGAAUAGCAGUAUAUGAAGAAAAUGGAAAAAUGAUUGGUCACAGAAUAUUACCUGUGGAUGGCUUAUUGCCAGGUUUUCGCCAUAUUAAGUUGAGAAAUGAAUCAUAUCAACCAUUAUGUCUUCCAACAUUAUUUGUUGAUAUUGUUACCAAAGAUUAUGUGCCUGAAAGUUUUUCAGAUUUUGCUGAUGCUCUAUCAAAUCCAAUGAAAUAUUUAUCAGAAAAAGAGAAGCGUACUCAACAGUUAGAAGCAUUUGAAUUUGAAGAAUCUGAUUCAACAGCCUUACAGGUUCCAACAACAAAUAAAAAUAUCUUAAAAGUAACAGUACAAGAACCACAAAAUUUAGUAAAACACGGGAGUAAAAUUUCAUUGCAAGCAGAUAGUUAUCAAGGUCAAAAAGACAAAUAUGUUGCUGAACCCAUGAAACAGACUAAAAGAAAACGCUCACAAUCUCAAUCGCUUGGAAGACUAGAAUCACCUAAACAACCAAUCAGAAGAACUUUUAGCACUCCAAAAUUACUAGGAGAAGACACAUCUAGUGACUACCUGAAAAUUAGUGGUUUAUCAAUUAAUACAUUAAAGGAACACAAGCUGUACAAAAAAUGGAAACUGAAAUUUGAUAGUGAUUUUCUUAAUUUGAUGCAAAAACAAGCAAAAGGACGAAUUCAAUGCAGGAAAGAAAUAGAAGCUAAAACAAAGAAGUUAACUUUGAAUCUUGAGAAAAAAAAAUCAGCUUUACAAAAGAAUCAAAACAAACUUCUUAAAACAGCAGAAACUAAUGGAAAUUAUAAUGAAGUAUACAAUAACUGUUCAGCUGAAAUGAAACAAUUAAAUACUUAUUAUGAGGAAGAGAUUAAUAAUUUGAAAAAGGAACAAAAAAAUAAAAUGAAAGAACAGUUUGUUCGAUGUUAUGAAGAGCAGUAUGACUUUUUAAAAAAGAAAGUUGAACCAAAAGUUUCAGAAUUGAAAAAAAUACUACAAAUGUUUGAAGUUGCUGAUAGAAAAAAGUUAAAAUUGAGGCAUUCAGGAGAUAUGGGAACGCUUAUUAAAGGCCUAGAUAAAUAUAAUCAAGAAGAGAUAAAAGAGAUAAUGUCCAAAUCACAAGACAAAUCAGAACUUCAAAAUAUGAAGAAAAUACAGAGCAAAAAUCACAUUGAACAAUCGGUUAAAGAAAGAAAAAAGUUGGAAGGAUUUCAAGAAAAAGAAAAACAGGAAAUGCUUCAAAAAUAUGAAGAUAUGAAAAAUUUUCUUGAUCAAAGACACGAGAAUGAAAUGAAAGAGCUAGAACUCAUUUUCUCAGGAAAAUGUGCUCUUCUAAACUCUCAAGAUCUUCAAGUUAUUGUUCCUGAUCUCGCAAAUAACAUUGCAGAUACUUAUAGAAAUUAAAAAGUUUUUCUAGUUUAUAUCAAAGCAUUUCGCACCAACGAAUUCAAAAUCUCCUGAAUUGCUUUUUGGUUUUAAAUUUUUUUUAAAUACUGUUAAAUAGACUCCAUUAUUUAUAUUCGUUUAGACUCGAUUAUUUAUUUAUUAUUAUAA